AUGACGAUGGUGGCAGAGACUUAUUCAUUCAAUCGUAAUCUUCAAUCUUCUGCAUUGAGCUACAAAAGAUUUGAAUAUGAUCCCACGAUCAACAUCAGACAAAAGACAGACAUCUCCCACUCGUGUGGGCCAAACAUUUCAAAUCUGUAUCAAAGUUUGAUAGAUAAGAAUCCUAGUGUUUUCCACAAGAGAACAUAUUCCCAUUCGGUACCACGUUCGGUCUCACCGUCCCAACUCUAUGCCCAGUCAACCCAACAAUCUGAAACAUUUACUGCUUAUUUAAAUACUCUUUCUGAAAACAGGAGGAAUCAACUUGAGAAAAUUGUGCAUGUUCCAAGAGAAAAACAAGGAGGUUUUUACUCCCCUGCGUUUUCGUCUUUUCGAAAUUAUGAUAAUCUGAAACACAAACACUUCAAACGAUACCACACCUCUUUGGUUGACCCAAGUAGUGAGCAUCCUCUCUCGCUCAGCGAUUGCGUAGAAAGUGCCAAAGAAAUUCAUAGAGAAUCAAGGCCGUUAAGCUCCGUUCGAUUAGCUCCACUGUCUCCACGUUCGCCAACGUUUCAGCGAACUGAAUCCUAUAGAAGAACACCAAGACAAUACAAGCUUGUGAGCACAAAGUCGACAAGCUCCCUUCUAUCAACGACGACGCCACGUUCAUUAACAAGCUCUAGACCUAGCAGUUGUCGAAGUGGUUCAAAAACACCCUCUUCAGCAUCUCGAAGUGUUGCAUUUUCCUACUUAACCAGCACGGUUAGCAACAGUUCCAGUCAUAAAAGCUCUGUAAGGCUUCUAAGAAAUAUGUACGACCAGAGAAUUUUCGAAAGUGAUAUACGUCAAGAGGAGAAAGAGCAACAAAAGAUAGAACAAAUUUUGGAGCAAGAUAAACGCUAUGACGAUCCAAUUAAGCAGCUUGAGGAAAUUGAUAACUUUGAAUUAAGGAAUGGAUUGCGAAAGAGUACUAUGAAAUAG